UUUGUGACUAGUACGUGUAACAUUACGAAGAGAACAAUGAAUACUCUUCAAAAAUGGUGGAAUCAAGCAACGAAAGUGGAACUUUCAAGUAAUGUAAACUACAAUGAGGAUACAAUCAAAGAAUUUGGAAUGAUGGCAAAUUCAAAAACCACUGCCAUUGCUUGUACGUAUGGCAAAUGUACAGAUGGAAGUAACAAACUUCUCUGUGUCUACAAUCAAAAACCUGACAUCGGUGGUGAUUUAUACUCGACUGUUCAAACAAUUCAGGAUACGUGCUCUGAUUGCCCAGAUCAAUGUUAUGCGUACCUUUGCCGUAGAGAUCCAGCAGCAACUAGUGCUUCCGAAAUUCCGCUCAGCAUGUGUUCCAGUGGAAGUGACGAAAUGGAUUAUUAUUUGCAAAAAAUGGCUCGGGAUAUGCAUAAUCACUACAGAAGACUCGUGGCAACUGGAUGGGCUAAGGAUAAUCAAGGGUACGCUCCACCAGCAAAAGCAAUGCAACAAUUGAGUUACGAUUGUGACACCAUUGGAGAGUCCUCUAAAAGCAAAGCUGAUUGCGAUUUGAAUUCUUAUACUGCAGAUACUGAUUUCUCGAUAAACUACUUCAUAUAUGAUAAGGUUUCAAAGGAAGAGGCUCUUCAGAAGAUACUGGUUUCUCGAUAA